CUAGGCCGGCCCUGGUUCUGGGAUUGAUCCAGGUCCCCGUCCAGUGACUCCAGUCCGGUCUGGCAUCGUGUUCACGGCUGGCUGACAGGCACCAAGUAGGUACCUAGAUGGUGAGAGUCGUUCGACAGACCCUGCAUCCCCUCCCUGUCGCUCUUCCGUUUCCUCUCCUCUCACUUCCCCUCUCCGGGGUUGGUCGACGAAGUACUCUCCUCCCACAUCCCAAUUUUUUUCUCUUCUCCUCAUCGAUUCAUCUCGACCAGCGCUCUAAGUUCGACUGUCAACGCCUCGCUCUCGCAAAAGAGGCAGCACGUUGCUUUGUCCACUCGGGAACUGACCACCUAUCCGAACGCCUCGCCCAAGGCCCAGCAAGUCCGCUCUUAGCGCACGGCGAACCCACCGACUUAGCGACUGUCCGGCCUGAACCCCCGCCCGCCGACCCCCCCGCUCCACUGCAACGGAUCCUCCCAUCAUCCAUCAUCCAUCAUCAUCCCUCGCCCAACACAGCGCCCCUGUCAGUCAGUCGCCCAGCGGCACCUGGGUCCGGGUGUUCAGCGUCCAAUCUUCGGUGGCGGCUCUGAGCCUUCGCCCCGAGCCCGAGCCUAACGCUGAGCCAGAGCCACGAGGUGGGAUGCCCGCAAGGUGAGAGGCCGCUGACCGACCUGGAGCGAGCGCCCUAGAGCCCUGUAAGUUAGGC